AUGUUUCUUCCAGCAUUGGCAACUCUUCUCGCCCUCAUAACAAACGCCGAAGCACAUUCUUGGGUGGAACAGCUUACUGUCAUCGCACCAAAUGGAACAUUCAUCGGCACUCCAGGCUAUGCCCGAGGAAACUAUCCUCGCACGGCAUCUGGCUUUAGCGACACCACAAUGACCUACCUGCUUCCACCCAGCACCCGGAGCAACGUGACCCAGCUUUUACCUAGCGAUAAGCUUUGCAAGGGUACUCAACAAGACCAGUCCCAGUCCGAUGGGAGCCCGCGGCUGCAGGCCAGCGCUGGGGCCGCAAUCGCACUUCGAUACCAAGAGAAUGGACAUGUCACUCUGCCCCAGAAUCAACCUGGAAAGCCAAAGAACCGUGGCACGGUUUACGUUUAUGGCACGACACAGCCAAAGGUUGGCGAGAAGUUAUUGGAUGUGUAUGGAGCUUGGACUGCGGAUGGCACUGGAGGAGACGGUCGAGGUGUGCUCCUGUCUACCCAGAAUUUCGACGACGGUCGUUGUUAUCAAGUCAACGGCGGUGAUAUCUCGGAGACCCGCCAAAAGGAGUACACACAUGAAGCCAGCCAGCUGACAGGAGCCGACCUUUGGUGCCAGCAAGACAUCCAACUACCCACGACUGCCCCAUCCGGCAAGUUGUAUACCCUCUACUGGGUGUGGGACUGGCCCACCGCCCCAGGUGCCGAUCCAACAUACCCACAGGGAAAGACGGAGAUCUACACCACCUGUAUGGACGUGAAUGUGCAAGGCACAUCGGCAAACAAGCAGAAAGCGAAUGACGAGUAUGCAGAGGGCCAGGAUUUGAACGAGGCGGCCAUUCCGUCGGAAUUCGAUAAGCUUUCAGAUCAGCAAUCCACGGAGGCUCCGGCCGCAGCAGGCGCGUCAUCUGCCGUAACAUCCAGUGCGAAUGCCAAGAAGGCCACGGUGACCGCGUGGCAUACCGUUGGCAAAACGGUGACAGUGUCUCAGGAUACAACAGUGACUGUUGACGCGGAUCAAUCGAGUGAAACCCCGAAGUCAAGGUAG